ACUGGUAGUAACUAAGAACAAAUAUUUUUCAAUUUAUUUACACUUCAAUGACAAAUUAUACCUUUAGGAAAUAGCUGAAGAAUGGAGAAAGUUAAGUGAAAGAAGAGACAAAUCAGAGAUAAUCGAAAUCUUUUAUGGCCAAAUUAAAUGCACAAUGAAAUGCCAGAAUCCAUCUUGUGGUCAUGAACAAAAAACAUAUGAACUAGUAUUUCCUUUGACGUUACCUAUACCAACAAAGUCUGAUGUAUCUUUGAAAGAUUGUCUGAAAUUAUAUACGAAAGAGAAGUUAUCCACUGAUCCAUGGUAUUGUGACGAAUGCAAUGAAGUAGUAGACCUUUCAAGAAAAGUUGAAAUGUGGAAAAUGCCACAAGUACUAAUGGUGUAUCUGAAGAGAUUUUGUUUGAAAAGAGGGAUUCACACAAAGAUUAAUGAUCAUGUACAGUUUGAUUUCAUGUAAGUCCCAGUUAUUAUGUCUAUGUAAAGGUUAUACAACGAGGUGGAGGUAUCUAUGGCAUUUAUCAUACCGAGGGCCAUAGGCCC